GCGACAGAAAGAGGAGCGCAUUCAUCCAAUUCCAAAUCCCUUCCUUUCUAUUCAUUCCCUCCCUCCCUCCCUCCCUCGCAAACUAGCUGUAACUGUCCAACGCGCUUCCCUCUGAAGGAAAGAUAGAAACUUUAGUUAUCAAAGUUGUGAGUUUUCGUCAAUUAUCUCCGAUCGAUCGAAGCAAAGGUUUUUAGCGGAGUCGCAUUCUGUCAGGGGGCAUUUUGAGUUUUUGCAUUCGCAGUCUCAGGUUUGCUGUUAUCUUUUUCAAGAAUCGAUACAUAAAACGUUGUUUGUAUUCAUCGCUCAGUUUGCCUUGGUUUCAAGGAUGUUAUUUCGAAAAGCGGGUCGUUUUUCUUCGCUGCUGUGGCCUUGGCGUCCGAUUUUCGCUCAUUGCGGCCUUGGAGUUUUUGGGUUUUCUUGUUUAGGGUUUCGUGAUUGUGGAUGAAUUUUGUCGUAUUGUUCUUGGAAUAUCCGUGAUGAUUCUGCAGAGAUGACCGACUAGAUUAUCUGGAGUUCUCCUCAAAGAUUGGGGAAAUUAGGGUUUCUGAGUGAUGGGUUUGAAUAGUGGUUCUCAUCAAGUGCUUACUUUUCAGAAUGCUUUUUGGCCAUUUUAUCUGGUCCUCUUAUUGUUUUAUGGGCCGGUAUUUAGUUCUUAGAUUUUGGCGUCUGAUUUAGCUGUUAUUUGGAAUUUUUGGUGCUGCUACGAUUCAAUUCUCUUCCACUCUGCUCGGUUGAUUUAGUGAUCAGAGGGGAAAAUUAGGAUUGGAUUGCUUUAGCUUAAGAUUUUCUACAGCUAUGUGGUAUUUUUUGUUUGUGCUUCUGCUAUGGAGUCUGCCUGCAACCUGGAUAGUUUUGGGAUAUCCGAGAUCAAAGAUCAGUGGUUUGGGGUUUUAGUUGGUCUAUUGCAUCGGAUUGUUGCGGCAGGUUCUUUGCCAGAAAGCACAAGUUUUUUUCUUUUAAAUGUUCCAAAGAGUUCUUUUUGCCUUUUUGAGUAAUUGUGGUUUCUGCAAAUUCUUUGCAUUAGUAUCAUGGAAAUCAAGACAGAGAGCAGGCCCAUUGAGAAGCCAAGAAAAAUGGUCUUUAAUCGUUCUGGAAGCCUGCCCUAUGGCAACAAUCAAGUCUGUGGUUUUUGGCUUGCUGGGAAGUGCACUAGGAACCCCUGCAGGUUUCGCCAUGUAGAUUCACUGAAACCACGACAAGACCAGCCCCCACAACGACAAACACAACCAAAGCGACCCCCUCGGACAUCAUCCAAUGGUCAAAGAGGCAAUAAGUUUAGAUCCACUUGGAGGAAUCCCGACCUCUCCAACCCUAAGAUUUUAGCAGUUUCAUCCACAGAAGGUGUGGGUGCUGAAGGUAAAAUGGUUCACGUGACAAAGAAUGAGGUUUUGACCUCCAGAAGAGCUUGUUCUGUUGGUGGAAGUUGUCAGAAAUCCCAGAAAAAACUAUGCCCAUAUUGGGUCAGUGGUAAUUGCGUUGAUGGUGAAAAAUGCAAGGAUUUGCAUUCAUUAUUCUCAGGCUCUGGGUUCUCACCGUUGACAAAGUUACAGAAGCACAGUAAGGCUGUUACUGGCAUAGCUCUUCCUUCUGGGUCAGACAAGCUCUUUUCCAGCAGUAAGGAUAAUUCUGUCUGUGUUUGGGAUUGCCACACUGGUCAGUGUGUUGUGACUGCUGAACUCGGUGGUGAAAUUGGAUGCUUGAUAAGUGAAGGCCCAUGGGUAUUUGCAGGUUUGCAAAAUGCUGUACAGGCAUGGAACAUCGAAAGUCGGACUGAGCUUGUCCUUAGUGGACCAAAUGGCCUAGUUCAUGCCAUGGAUGUGGGUGAAGAUAUGCUUUUUGGCGGAGUGCAGGAUGGUUCCAUAUUGGUGUGGAAGUCCACAUCAGUGUCCUGUUCCCCUGAACCGGUGGCUUUUUUAAUGGGCCACAGAUUUGCUGUGCUCUCGCUUGUUGUGGGAGCUAAUUGCCUCUACUCAGGUUCCGAGGAUGAAAGCAUAAGAGUGUGGGACCUGAAAACUUUGCAGUGUCUGCAAAUAUUAAAUGGACAUAAGAAUUUUGUCACGUCUGUCCUUUGCUGGGACAAGUUUUUGCUGUCUGGUUCAUUGGACAACAGAUUGAAGGUCUGGGCAGCAAAUGAAAUUGGAGACUUGGAAGUAGUCAAUGAAGUGGAAGAAGACAAUGGUAUACUUGCUCUCUGUGGAAUAGAAGAUUCACAGUCCAAGCACAUCCUGCUUGUUUCAUGCAAAGACAAUACCGUUCGCCUAUACGACCUGCCAUCUUUUGCUGAGAGAGGCAGAAUAUAUGCACAGGAAGAGGUCCAGACAAUUGCAGUUGGUUGUGGCCCCCUGUUCUUCACCGGUGGUGCUGCAGGGGAGCUGUCUGUUUGGAAACUGCAUGGAGAUGCAAGCGGAAGUGUUGGAUGUUCAUGAGAGCCCAUAGGUGGUUGGCUUUCUUUUUUGGGGAUUAAAAUUAUUGUCGCAUAUAUGGGAUUUUAGUUUGUUUACUGUAUCAUUUGCCAAGGUUGUCUAACAGUCUUGUAACGAAAUAGCGAACAAAUCAGGCUUUCUUUUUGUGUGGGAGGCAUCCCAAUUUGUGAUCUCACGUGUAAGGUACUUUCGGGAAAGGGGGAAUAUUCACAUUUCACUAUCAGAAUCUAUUUUUUUCGUUACUUGCAUUCGCAGAAUCUAUUUUAUCAUAUAAUCUUCAUAGAAAAAUGAUAGUGAAAGUGUAAUUAACAAAGAUGGAAGUGCAAAUGACAUAUCCAAGUGUAUUAUUUUCCUUGCAAAAGUAUUACGUACAUUGAAGUAUUAGAGAUGUCCAAGUGUAUCUCGUCUUAGAUUAAGAAGACAUUUACCAUAUGCUUCAGUUUUUACCGUGCAAAAAUAACUGUUGCUUUUCCAAUAAGGCCUGCUGGGCAUUCAUAUCCCCUGACUAAAUUAGUACAGUUUCUAGGAGUUUUCUGUUUCAAAGUUAUUGACAAAAGGUCUGCUUGAAACUUUUGACAGAUUCAACCCACCUCCUAUUCAAAGUUGAACUCCAGUAUCCAUAGAAACUGGUCAAGAUAUAUACCUUUGCAGUUUCGUGAUCAAAUCCUAAACGAAAUUGUGCUAUUCGUAGCAAGCCAGCUGAUUCAGUUGAUUUUUGGCAGUUGGGUCCGUCCAGCAAGGAAAGUCAGGUCACGUUAUCGUAUCGUGGCCCCUAGGGAAACCGCCCAUGUCAAAUACUGACGUACGUUUCCAAACUGCACUCAAACUCUAAUCUUCAUUUGCUCCCCUUUUAAUCUUCUUCCGCCGACAACAAUCAAGAUGGCUUCCAUGGAAAAUACUCAAAAAAUGAAGCCCAGAAGAACUACUACAUCGAGAUCAACCAUACUAGCCCAUGCAGCCGCGUUGUCUUUUUCUGCUGUUCUUCUUGUGAUGAUCUUAUUCUUCAGCACCUUUUCUUUCAGCUUCAGAGAAUAUGAUCAUCAGCUUCUGGGGCCAGUCUGUGAUGAAAUCUACGUAGUUGCAGAGGGAGAAACGCUUCAUACCAUCAGUGACAAGUGUGGCGACCCUUUCAUCAUUGAGCAAAACCCUCAUAUUCAGGACCCUGAUGAUGUUUUCCCCGGACUCAUCAUUAAGAUCACUCCAGCAACAGCUUCUUCUACCGUGUAAUUCAUAAUCUGUUUCUUUUCCUUUCUAUUGUAUUUGUCAUGAUUAAGAUACAUGUUGAAAAAGUUUCAGCUGCCUCGAUCCUACAUAUUUACUUUGAAUUGGAUCCCAAGAGCUAGCUGUAUGUGUUACAUCAACGGUAUUGUUCAACCAUCGUCUUCUUGUAAAUGAGUGCCUUUUCAAGCUUUUGCUUUGCAGCAGUAUGUUACAGUUUCUGCUCUUAUUCGUCCUUUCUUCUGUACAUUUUAAACAAUUCUUUCCACAGGGUUAGGUAAACUCAUGUAUGUAAGUUGUUGACCUUGUCCUUUUAAUUUU